AGUCCUUUCAUAUUUGCUUAGCUGACUAAAUGCAGCUUGAUCCAGUUUUGGUUGAGGUCGGCGGCGAAGCGAUUUGAGCUUUGAAAUAAUUAAACUAAUAAAAAUACAAAAUUAAUCAUUCGACCACAUUUAGCCUUAGGUUAAAAGGUGACUAUUGACGCGAGUAUGAGCGACACCGAGAAAGAUUUCAGAGAUAAGGAGCCACAGCCUGGCUCGGGGAGCUCCUCCCCACAGCGAUCGGCAAAAUCUGCCAGCCGCUCGCCGGCACGCUCCAAGGAAGGUUCCACCCAUUCCAGGUCGAGGUCUCGCUCGCGUUCCAGAUCCAAAUCCAAAUCUAGGUCUCGUUCCCACCGGAGCUCACGAAGGAACUAUUCCCGCUCUCGCUCCCGCUCCCGCCGCCGCCGUUCCCGAAGCCGCUCUGGCAGCCGGCGGAGGAGCCAUAGCCGCUCGCCCAUGUCCAACCGACGCAGGCAUAUUGGCAACAGGGCCAACCCUGACCCAAACACCUGCUUGGGCGUCUUUGGCCUGAGCCUGUACACGACUGAGCGGGACUUGCGGGAAGUGUUCUCCAAGUAUGGCCCCCUGGCAGACGUCAACAUAGUCUACGACCAGCAGUCCAGACGCUCCAGGGGCUUUGCCUUCGUCUACUUUGAGAACUAUGAGGACUCUAAGGAGGCCAAGGAGCAUGCCAACGGUAUGGAGCUGGACGGCCGACGAAUCCGGGUGGACUUCUCCAUUACCAAACGAGCGCACACCCCCACACCUGGCAUCUACAUGGGACGACCCACAUAGUGAGUUGGUGGAGGUGGCGGCGGCGGCAGCGGAGGGGGAAGCGGCUCGUCAAGGCGUAUGUCGAGGGACUACGACCGAGGCUAUGACCGCGGAUACGAUCGCGGCUACGAUCGGGACUACGAUCGCUAUGAUGACCGGGAGUACCGAUCAUACAGACGAAGAUCUCCAUCGCCGUACUACAGCAGAGGAUACCGCUCUCGAUCCAGAUCACGAUCCUACUCCCCACGUCACUACUGAGCAGUGAAUCGUCCAUGUUUUUUUUUUUUAAAGAUGUAUUUUUUAGAUGUUUUGACCCAGUCACAGCACAGCACACACACACAUACCAAAACUGCAUAGGGAUAAAAAUUUACUGUAAGAAUUCACAGAAUUCAUAACAUACACAAUCAAUGUUCCUGAUCUUGAAUGUUGGUUUGCUAAAAUCUGGACGGAACCAAAAA